AUGGCUGAUAUUUUAAUUGUAAAUGGUACCGUUGUAAACGAUGAUAGAGAAUUUAAAUCCGAUGUUUUAAUUCAAAAAGGUAUUAUUACACAAAUUGCACCAUCAAUCAAACCAAUUGAAGGUAUUAAAGUUGUAGAUGCAACUGAUAAACUUUUAAUUCCAGGUGGUAUUGAUACACAUACUCAUUUCCAAUUACCAUUUAUGGGUACAGUUUCAGUCGAUGAUUUUGAUAUUGGUACUCAGGCAGCAGUUGCUGGUGGUACAACUUUUAUUAUCGAUUUUGUUAUUCCAACUAAAGGACAAUCAUUAUUAGAAGCUUAUGACCAAUGGAGAAAAUGGGCAGAUGAAAAAGUUAAUUGCGAUUACUCAUUACAUAUGGCAGUUACUUGGUGGAGUGAACAGGUAUCAAAAGAAAUGGAAAUUCUUGUAAAAGAAAGAGGUGUAAAUAGUUUUAAAGUAUUUAUGGCAUAUAAAAAUUCAUUUAUGGUUACAGAUGAAGAGAUGUAUCAUAUUUUCAAGAGAUGCAAGGAAUUAGGUGCAAUUGGUCAAGUUCAUGCUGAAAAUGGUGAUUUAGUAUUUGAAGGUCAAAAGAAGAUGUUAGAGAUGGGUAUCAAUGGUCCAGAAGGUCACGAGUUAUCAAGACCAGAAGAUUUAGAAGCUGAAGCCACCAAUAGAGCAAUCACAAUCGCCAAUCGUGUUAACACCCCAGUAUACAUUGUCCAUGUAAUGAGUAUUGGUGCUGCUGAGGUUAUCGCAAGACAUAGAAAGGAUGGUAGACGUGUAUAUGGCGAACCAAUUGCUGCAGGCUUAGGUGUUGAUGGUACUCAUAUGUGGAAUCAUGAUUGGAGACAUGCCGCUGCCUACGUUAUGGGCCCACCAAUUCGUCCAGAUCCAAGAACUAAAGAAGUAUUAAUGGAUUAUUUAGCUAAUGGUGAUUUAGAUUGUGUUGGUACUGAUAAUUGUACUUUUUGUGCCGAACAAAAAGCCUUGGGUAAAGACGACUUUACCAAAAUUCCAAAUGGUGUUAAUGGUGUAGAAGAUAGAAUGUCUAUUGUUUGGGAAAAUGGUGUUAAUAAAGGUAAAUUAACUCAUUCACAAUUCGUCAGAGCCACUUCAAGCGAAGCUGCACGUAUUUUCAAUGUAUACCCAAGAAAAGGUCGUAUCGAUAUUGGUAGCGAUGGGGAUAUUGUACUUUGGGAUCCAAAAGCUUCUAAAACCAUUUCAAAAGAUACCCAUCAUCAUGCUGUUGAUUUCAAUAUUUUCGAAGGUAUCAAAGUUACAGGUAUUGCAACCACUACAAUCGUUGCUGGUAAUAUCGUUUGGAAUGAUAACAAACUUUCAACUAAAAAAGGUAGCGGUACAUUUGUUCCAAGAAAACCAUUUGGCCCAGUAUUUAAUGGUAUUGCUCAAAGAGAUAUUGUUAGAAAUGAAUUAUUAAGAAAAGUAGAUCGUGAACCAUAUACCGGUCCAGUUAUUAAAUUAAAUUAA